AUGUCCAUGUCCCCAGGUCCAGGUAGGUUUCUUGUCUCUCUGUUUGAGGUGGGAGCUGCUUUGGAAGCAUCCCGUAUCAGCUGCGGAGGUGUGCGCUGUCCGAUGGAGGGUUCGUGCCAGCAGCACCUGUUGCAGCGGGAAGAGGGUUCAGCCAGCGGCAGACAGCGAGCGUGUGGCUCAGUGGCUGCUGGCUGCGAGUCUGCUAAGGUUUCUGUUGUUCCAGCAGCUCCUCUUUCUGCUCUGCACAGCAGGGCAGGUGGAGGCAAUGGUCUUUCCAAUGGAAAAUCCUGUUCUCAGGGAACAGUAUCGGGAGGAAAUGCAGUCUGGAGGAUGCCCUCUGCUUCUAUAUUAGUUUAUUUGCUUUUAGCAUUACUCGUUCACUUCACAUCUGGAGAAACAGAAGUGAAGUUCAGUGGACAAACAGAAUUUGUAGUUAAUGAAACAAGUACAACUGUUAUACGUCUUGUAAUUGAGCGGACAGGGAAGCCUGCUAACAUCACAGCAAUUGUGUCGAUUGAUGGAGAAAACACAGGAGACUUUUUUGACACAUAUGCAGCUGCAUUUAUACCCGAUACAGAAACAAACCGAACGGUGUAUAUAUCUGUCUGUGAUGAUGAUCUUCCAGAGGCGGAUGAGACAUUCACAUUUUACUUGACAUUACCAAAACCAUCUGCAAGGAUAAAGCUUGGCUCACCCAAUUCUGUCACUGUAACAAUCUUAUCAAAUGACAAUGCCUUUGGAAUAAUUUCUUUUAACAUGUCUGCCUUAAUCACAGUGAAUGAGCCCAGGGGCAGAAAUGAAUUUGUGCCUCUCACUCUAAUUAGAGAGAGGGGAACCUACGGGACGGUCAUCGUAACUUUUGAGAUAGAAGAUGGACCAAACCCGGCUGAAGAAGACUUCAGUCCAGCUAGGGGAAAUAUUACAUUUGCCCCUGGGAGAUCAAUGUUGAUUUAUAAUUUAACAGUGCUUGAUGAUCAGGUACCUGAAAAUGAUGAAUUGUUUGUUGUUCGUCUGAAGAGCGUGGAGGGAGGGGCUGAAAUCAACAACACAAAAAAUUCUGUUCAGAUUAACAUUAAGAAAAAUGACAGUCCCGUGCGUUUUGUUCAGAGUGCCUAUAUGGUGCCUGAGGAAGUUGAUGUGGUGACAAUUCAAGUGGUGCGUGGUAAGGAUGUCAGUGGAAAAUUAAUUGGACCUGAUGAACAUGAAGUCACUGUGAGUUACGCCAUCAUUACUGGGGAUUCAACAGCACAUGCACAGCUUAAUGUAGACUUCCUAGAUCUACAGCCAAAUACAACUAUCGUUUUCCCACCUUUAGUUCAUGAAACGUAUAUAAAAUUUAAGAUCCUUGAUGAUGCCAUACCGGAAAUUGCCGAGACUUUUCAGAUUGUGCUUCUUAAGGACACUUUGCAAGGAGAUGCUGUUUUGGUUAAUCCAUCUGUUGUUCACGUCACCAUCCAACCGAAUGAUAAACCCUAUGGAGUACUAUCAAUCAACAGUAUCCUGUUCGCUCGGACUCUUAUCAUUGAUGAAGACCAAAUUUCAAGGUUUGAAGGGAUCACAAUUGUAAGAAGUGGUGGAACACAUGGAAAUGUUUCUGUUACCUGGGUUAUAAUCCGAAAUAGCAGUGAUCCCUCACCUGUGACUGCAGACCUCGUUCCGGAGACCGGGGAGAUCAGUUUUGACCAAGGGCAGAUGCUGGUAACGCUUCCCCUGGACAUAGUUGAUGAUGAUAUUCCCGAAGAGGCAGAGCCCUAUCUCCUGAAACUCUUAGCUCAUACAAUACAGGGAGGUGCAGAAGUCAGUGAGCCGUCUGAGCUUCUGUUCUACGUUCAGGACAGUGAUGAUGUCUAUGGCCUGAUAAAAUUUUCUCCUUUGGAGAAUCAGAAGAUUGAAAGCAACCCAACGGGACGCUUUUUAUCCUUGAGUUUUGCAAGGGAGAGAGGAGCAGUUGGAGACGUGCAGUUGGUUUAUACAGCGCUGUAUAUUCCAGCUGGAGCUCUGGAUCCUGCGAGAGCGAAAGAUGGCAUUCUGAAUAUGUCUAGGAGAAACGUCCUCAUGUUUCCAGAAGGAAAAACACAAGAUACUUUAAAUAUACCAAUAAGAAAUGAUGCGUUUCUUCAAAAUGGUGCUCAUUUCCUUGUACAGCUGGAAAAAGUUGAACUGGUGAAUAGGAUUCCUCUAAUUCCACCUGUGAGUCCUAGAUUAGGUGAGAUCCGAAAUAUUUCUCUGAGGAUUACUCCAGAGAUUGCAAAUGGAGAAAUAGGCUUUACUAGCAGUCUUCCAAUUAUUCUUUCUGAGCCAGAAGAUUCCCCUGCUACAGUGGUUUCCAUUGCACUGCAUCGAGAUGGGACUGAUGGUCAAGCAACUGUGUUUUGGAGUUUGAAACCCUCAGGUCUUGAUCAAAAGGCAGUAACUCAUGAUGAUAUAAGUCCCUUUAAUGGCUCUGUUGUUUUCUUAUCUGGACAAAGUGAUACUGCAAUCAACAUUACUGUUAAAGCUGAUGAUGUACCUGAAAUGAAUGAAACUGUGUUACUAACCUUGGACAGGGUCAGUGUGGAAAAUCAAAUACUGAAAUACGGGUUUACUACUCGUGAGAUUAUUAUUUUGGAAAAUGAUGAUCCUGGAGGGGUGUUUGAAUUUUCUCCCUCUUCCAGAGGCCCCUACAGUAUCAAGGAAGGGGAGUCUGUUGAGCUGCAGAUUGCUCGCAGCAGAGGAAGUCUUCUCAGGCAGUUUCUACGCUACACUGUAGAGCCGAGGGACAAUAAUGAGUUUUAUGGAAGCACGGGGAUUCUAGAGUUUAAGACUGGUGAAAGAGAGAUCAUAAUUACUCUUCUGACAAGGAUGGAUGGCAUUCCAGAGCUGGAUGAGGUGUACUCUGUGGUACUCAGUGGCUACAGUGAGAUGCCAGGCAAGCUGGGGAAUGCCACAAGGGUCGAUAUAACCAUUUUGAAGAAUGAUGAUCCGCAUGGUGUCAUUCAGUUUCUACCUGAUGAACUGUCAGUAACAAUAAAGGAAAGUAAAGGAGAAAGCAUCUAUGCCGCUGCUUACAGAGUUGUAAGAGGUCAAGGAAACUAUGGCAAUGUUAGUGUGUCAUGGUCUGUUGAUCCAGCAUGUACCAGUGACAUCUAUCCAGAAGAAGGGACUGUUUUCUUUGAUCAUCUGGAGUUUUCAAAAAAUAUCACCAUUUACUCAUUGCCAGAUGAGGUGCCUGAAGAGAUGGAAGUAUUCACCAUCAGCUUGUUCAAUGCUACUGGUGGAGCCAGGCUGGGCAAUAUAACAAGUGCAAUUUUGCAAAUUACAAGGAAUGAUGAUCCUAUUUAUUUUUCAGAACCUCUGACAGUGAAUGUUGAAGAAGGGAGUGUUGCAAACUUUACAGUCGUGAGGAAUGGAUCUGCUGAUGUGGCUGUUGCUGUCCACUACGUUACCGUUAAUGGAGAAGCCACAGCUGAAGAGGGAGACUUUGUUCCCACUGGAAAGAGCAGUGUCAUUUUGUUCAGUGUUGGAGAAAGAGAGCAGAACUUAUCUGUGUAUAUUAACGAUGAUGAUAUCCCUGAAACUGAUGAAACGUUUUAUAUCUUCCUUUUGAAUUCUACAGGAGAUACUGUUAUCUUUAAGGCUGGAGUGGCUACAGUUAUUAUUGAAGCAAAUGAUGAUCCUAAUGGAAUUUUCUCCUUGGAACCUUUAGAGAAGCCAGUGGAGGAAGGCAAAAGUAAUGAUUUUUUGGUUUUGAGACACAGAGGACACUUUGGCAACGUCUCGUUGACCUGGCAGCUGUUUGAUAAUGGCUCUGCGCUGGGGCCAGGAGAGGAAUUCUAUGAAACUUACGGGACUGUGCUCUUCAUGGAUGGAGAAGGAUCAAAGCCAAUAACACUCCAUGCUAUUUCGGACAGAAUUCCUGAAUUCAAUGAAUUUUACAUUUUAAAGUUGGUAAAUGCUUCAGGUGGGUCUCCUGGUCCUGGUGGUCAGUUGUCUGAAACAAACCUUGCUGUAACAGUGAUGAUCCCGUUCAACGACGACCCUUUUGGAGUCUUUGUUAUAGAUCCAGAAAGCCAGGACAGAGAGAUCGUGGAAGAUGUUCUCUCUGAAGAUGAUCUCUCCUACAUUACAGACUUCACCAUUUGGAGACAACAGGGGACCUUUGGUGUUGUGCGGUUAGGUUGGGAGAUACUGACUAGUGCAUUCCAAGCUGGACUGCCAACAAUGGUAGACUUCUUGUUGCUGGGAUCGUUUCCAAAUGCAGUACAAUCCCAGCCUCACAUGAGGCGCCAUCACAGUGGAACGGAUGCUUUGUAUUUCAGUGGAAAAGAGGAUGCAUUUGGGAUUAUUGGUCCGGAAUACCCAUACAAUGGAAAUACUGCAGUAACCAAUUUUACAUUUUCAGCGUGGUUAAUCCCAGGCAUCGGUACAGAUGGUUACAUAGUUGAAAAGGAUGAUGAAAAUGGGACCUUAUAUUACGGAGUGAAAAUCCAAACAAAUGAUUCUCAUGUUUCUGUAGUGCUUCAUUAUACAGCAUUAGGAUCCAACGUGACAUAUAUGGCUAAAGCAACAGUCCUGAAAUAUCUGGAUGAAAAUACUUGGCUUCACCUUCUGAUUACGCUGGAUGAAAGUAUAAUUGAAUUUUACAUGGACGGAGUUCCAGUUCUGGGAGGAAUGAAGAGCCUUAAAGGAGAAGCAAUCGCUAAUGGUCCAGGAAUAGUGAGGAUUGGAGCAGGAAUUAAUGGCAGCAGUAGGUACACAGGGCUAAUGCAGGAUGUGAGGCUUUAUGAGCGCAAAUUGACACGAGCGGAGAUCUACGAACUCCAUGCGACUCCUGCAAAAAGCGAUGUCCACCCUGUCUCCGGGUAUUUGGAGUACCGGCAAGGAGAGACCAAUAAAUCGUUCAUUGUGUCUGCAAAGGAUGACAAAGAGGAGGAAGGAGAGGAGCUGUUCAUCCUAAAGCUCGUUUCUGUGCGCGGCGGAGCUCGAAUCUCACAAGAAAAUACCACGGCACGAUUAAGAAUACAGAAAAGUGAUAAUGCUAAUGGCUUAUUUGGCUUCACUGGAGCAUGCAUUCCUGAGACUGCUGAUGAAGGUUCCACUAUAUCCUGUGUUGUGGAGCGUACAAGGGGAGCCCUAGACCAUGUGUAUAUAAAUUACAUUAUCUCACAGGUUGAUUCCACUGGCAUUAAUUACUCUGUUACCGAUUUUUCUAACAGCAGUGGCACUAUCACAUUCCUUCCUUGGCAGAGAUCAGAGGUCUUAAAUUUGCAUGUAAUUGAUGAUGACAUUCCGGAGUUAAAUGAAUAUUUCCGUGUGACAUUAGUCUCUGCAGUGUCUGGAGAUGGAAAACUAGGUUCAACUCCUACCAGUGGAGCAAGUAUAGAUCCAGAAAAGGAAACUACUGAUAUCACCAUCAAAGCCAGUGACCACCCAUAUGGUCUACUGCAGUUCUCGGUGGGGCCUCCUCCUCAGCCAGGUGAUGAAAUGACUCUGCCAGCCUCUUCUGUGCCCCAUAUUACUGUUAAAGAAGAAGUUGGACACAUCAGAUUACUGGUGGUUCGUGCACAAGGCCUUCUUGGAACAGUUCUGGUGGAGUACAGAACCGUGCCACUUACAGCUUUCAGUCCUAGAGAUUUCCAGGCUGUUGUGGGCACACUGGAAUUUCAGCCAGGAGAAAGAUACAAGUACAUCACAGUCAACAUCACUGACAAUGCUAUUCCUGAAUUGGAAAAGACUUUUAAAGUGAAGCUGUUGAACCCAGAGGGAGGAGUUGCUGAGCUCUUUAGAAAUGAUGACAGUGGUAGUGGUGAUGGAAACAUGGAUUUCUUCCUUCCAACUGUCCAUCAGCAUGCUAGCUUGGGAAUUGCAUCCCACAUCCUUGUGACUAUUGAGGCUUCUGAUGAUGCUCAUGGUGUGUUUGAGUUCAGUGCUGAGUCGCUCUCGGUCAAUGGGACUGAGCCUGAAGACGGAGACAGCAAUAUUGUGCUGCAGGUUGUGAGAACGCAUGGGGCCUUGUCUCAGGUGACGCUGCACUGGAUCAUAGUCUGCGAUCUCACCAAAGACCUGAUCUCUACAGAUGGCAAUGUAACGUUUGACGUUGGCCAAGCGAGAGCAAAUAUUACAGUACAGGUUUCUCCUGAUGAAGUUCCUGAAUUGGAUAAGGUGUUUUCAGUUUUGAUCAUCAACGUCUCCAGUGGUCGUCUCGGAAAUCGUACUAACGCAACAUUAACUAUUUUAGCUAAUGAUGACCCGUAUGGAGUCUUCAUCUUUUCUGAGCAAAACAGACCAAUAAAAGUUGAGGAAGAAACCAAAAACAUUUCCUUGACAAUAAUAAGGCGUGGUGGUCUCCUUGGUACAGUAAUGGUAACAUACAGAACUUUUGGUGAUGAUGAAAAGUCACCCUUUCUGCCACCUGAUGUUGUUAGAGCAAUAGAGGGGAAAGACUAUAUACUCAUCACAGGAUACGUGGUCUUCACAGCCAACGAAAGUGAAGCCACAAUAUAUUUGCCUAUUUUGGAUGAUGAUGAUCCUGAGAGGUCAGAAUCUGUUUUUGUAGAGCUAAGCAGUGUUGUUUUGAUCAAGAAAGCUCAGGAUCGGCCAAUUGUAAAUUCUCCUCGACUUGGAUUAGUGGGUGAGACAAUAGCUCAUGUAAUUAUCAAUGCCAACGAUGAUGCUUUUGGAACACUUCAGCUUUCAGCUUCAACUGUGCGAGUUGCUGAAAAUUAUGUUGGACCAAUCAUUAAUGUGACCAGAACUGGGGGAUUAUUUGCAGAUGUUUCUGUGAAAUUCAAAGCUAUGCCAAUAACAGCGACAGCUGGUGAGGACUACAGUGUAGCCUCUUCAGAUGUUGUCCUACUAGAAGGAGAAACAAGUAAAGCUGUGCCAAUUUAUAUAAUUAAUGAUAUCAAUCCUGAACUGGAGGAGUCGUUUUAUGUUCAGCUGCUGAAUCAAACAACAGGAGGAGCCUUGCUUGGAUCUUUGACUAAGGCAGUCAUAACCAUUGAAGCUUCUGAUGACCCAUUUGGAUCCUUUGUUUUUCAGAUUACCGAAUUCACUGUGGAAGAGCCUGAAUUUGGAUCAGUAACCAUAAACCUGCCAAUAAUCCGCAAUGCUGGGACACUCGGUAAUGUUACUGUUCGGUGGGUUGCUACCAUCGAUGGGCACCCCGCUGAUGCUGACCUGCAGGUUGCUGUGGGUAAUAUUACUUUUGCCCCUGGGGAAGCCAUUCAGAUGCUGCUGUUAGAAAUCCUGGCUGAUGAUGUUCCAGAAAUAGAAGAAAUUGUCCGUGUAGAAUUAACUCAGGCCUCCAAUGGUGGUGCUAUUGGGUUAGAUGGCGUGGCAAAUAUUGUAAUACCUGCCAAUGAUAAUCCUUAUGGCACAGUUUUCUUUCAUCAAUCCUUAUACCGAAUUCAGGAGCCACUAGAAAGAAAUUUGCUUGCAAAUAUAACAGUCAGGCGAAGUGGGGGCAGGUUUGGUCGGCUGCAGAUAUUUUACAGCACCUCUGAGACGGAUGUCGUGGCUGUGGCCAUUGAGCAAGGCCAGGACAUCCUGGCCUGGUACGAGCCUCCUGUACAAGGAAUUCCCGACCAACCAUCCCAGACCAGAGUGAACGUGUCGGCAGCAAGUGACCCGCUGUAUGCCUGUGCAACUCAGUGCCUAAAAGAACAAGCGUGUUCAGCCUUUACAUUUUCCAGUGCCUCAGAGAUUCCUCUCUGCCUUUGGCUGACAGCGGAGGUCAGUCCAUUAACUAACGCUUCAGGAUUCUGGACCUACAAGAAAAACAUCACCAGUGCAUCCGUUCUCUUCAGCACACAAGCCAUUGCUGGCAGUGAUUAUGAACCCGUUACAAGGGAGUGGGCCAUAAUGGAGGAAGGGGAAGAAUUUGCAAAUCUCACGGUUACCAUACUCCCUGACAGUCUGCCAGAGCUGGACGAGAGAUUCACUAUAUCCCUUUUGAAAGUUGAACUAAUGAACAUCUCAGCCAGCUUAAAAAAUCAACCAGCUGUGGGACAGCCAAAUACUUCCACAGUUGUCAUAAUGAUGAAUGGAGAUGCAUUUGGAGUAUUUAAAAUCUACAGCGUAAGUCCCAAUGCAACAGAGAAAGGUCUGUAUGUUGAGGUAGAGGAACGUCCUCAGACCAGCGUGCAGCUGAUGGUGCACAGGACAGAAGGCAGCCUGGGACAGGUGACGGUGGAGUGGCGUGUGGUCGGUGGAACUGCUACCCCAGACGUGGAUUUUGUGGGUGUUGGUGAGAUUCUGGUGUUUGCUGAAGGGGAGACGAAGAAGACGGUCACUCUGACUGUUUUGGAUGAUCCAGAGCCGGAGGAUAGCGAAAGUAUCAUAAUCAGCCUGGUCCAUACUGACGGAGGGAGCCGGAUUCUGCCCAGUUUCGACACCGUCACAGUGGUUAUUCUGGCAAGUGACAACGUGGCAGGAAUUAUUGGCUUCCACACAGCCUCAAGAUCGGUCAUCGGUCGUGAAGGAGAAAAACUACAGUUCCAUGUUGUGAGAACUGCCCCAGGACUGGGAAAUGUUACUGUUGAAUGGAAGAUAGUCGGCCAUAAUGUAAAACAGAAUUUUGAAAACUAUUCUGGAGUACUCUUUUUUCCUGAGGAGACAUUGAAUACAACAUUGUGUGUUCACUUGCUGGAUGACCACAUUCCUGAAGAAAAAGAAGAAUACCAGAUCGUCCUAUACAACAUCCAAACAGAAGGAGUUCCUUCUUCAGGUGCUGCUGUUUUGGAUAGUCAAGGAUAUGAAGCUGUCCUCACAGUAGAAGCUAGUGAUGAACCACAUGGAGUCUUGAAUUUUGCUUCCCCAUCCAGGGUAGUUUUAAUUCCAGAGGAAAACAAAACAGUUCACCUUUUUAUUAACAGAGAAUUUGGAGCUCUAGGUGCUAUCAAUGUUACGUACGCCACAGUUCCAGGGCUGCUCACCUUAAGUAAUCAGACAGAAGGGACCUUGGCUGAACCAGGAGCUGAUUAUAUAGCUGUUACUGGAUCAAUGAUUUUGGAAGAAGGAGAAACAGCAGCUGCCAUAAAUAUUACAAUUCUAGAGGAUGAUGAACCAGAAGUGCAAGAAUUCUUCUUGGUUAAUUUAACUUCAGUGGAACUCAUCAUGAACCACUCAGCUUCAUCCCCACCUAGGCUGGAUGUGGAGGGUUUAGCUUCCCAAAUUAUUAUUGAUGCUAAUGAUGGAGUAAGCGGAGUAAUUGAAUGGGAAAGUACCAGUUUUGAAGUUAAGGAAUCUCACGGGAAUCUGACAGUGGUGGCAUACCGAAACAGAGGAUCGUAUGGCAAUGUGUCUGUAUUUUUUUAUGCCCAAAACUUGGAGGCACAGCUGGGUUUGGAUUUUAGCGUUACCUCAAGGACUCUUUUUUUUGCUGAUGGAGAAAGGAACAAAUCUGUUGUUGUAACGAUUUUUGAUGAUGAUAUUCCUGAAGGUGAUGAGAAGUUCCAGUUAAUUUUAACAAAUCCCUCUCUGGGGCUGGAAUUGGGGGAGAACACAACAGCCACAAUUACUAUACUUGCCAAUGACGAUGGCCAUGGAGUUUUGUCAUUCAAUAACAGCGAUCACUUCUUCCUCAGAGAGCAAACAGCUCUUCAUUUAAUGGAAAGUGUUGCAGUAUUAAAUAUCAUUAGAGAACCCCCUCAGGGGAUAUUUGGCACCGUGACUGUUCAGUAUCUUGUAAGCGAAAUUAAUUCUUCAGAGCCAUCAGUGGAUUUGACCCCUUCUCAAGGAUUUAUUGUGCUGGAAGAGGGAGUCAGAUUCAAGACACUGCAUAUUUCAGCAAUACUGGAUGAAGAACCAGAAAUGGAUGAGCACUUUGUUGUCACCCUGUUCAAUCCCACUGGAGGGGCUAGAUUAGGCACGAGAGUGCAAACUAUGAUUACAGUAUUACAGAACCAGGCUCCACUAGGGCUUUUCAGCAUCUAUCCAGUUACAAACAGGACAAACUUCCUCAUAGUUGAAGAAGCCAGCACUACAGUUUAUUUGAAAGUUUCACGGAGCAAUGGGCUUAACGUGUCUGUGAGUGUCGAGUGGGAGACGUUGUCGGAUACCGCAUUUGGCAUCAGAGGUGGUAUCAGUGUCCUGUCUGUCUUGCAAAGUUUUGUGGAAGAGUCAGUGUCUAGCUGGUGCUUCUUUACAUCAGGAGAAAUCCUCUAUGGUGUUCUGCUGCGUGCGCCUCCAGCUGCGUUUUCUACCGUCUACCAGUGGAAAGGAGUUUUUGUUCCUGUCGAGAAUUUCAGCCUGUGGGAUCCUAAGAGCUGCGUGUCUUUCCAAAUCCAUGCCUCUCCCUACCUUGUGAUUACUCAUGGAGGAGGCAGGCAGGGAGCUUCCAACAACACUGUGUAUGCAUUCAUGCCUGGACGCAAACUCUUGAAGAUCCAGACUCUCUCUGUUCUGGACACCAGACAGGUCAAACAUUUUGCUGUGGAUGGAGAAGACUAUUUGAUUUUUGUGUCUCACACAAGCAGUGCCAGUUCCAUCCAGGUUUUCCAGUGGAAUAAAGAUAUAUUUGUGUUGCAUCAUCAACUUCCACUUUACGGAGCGCUGAACAUAGCCUUGUUUCCUAGAGGAGGCAUCGUGUACCUAUUAGUAUCUUUGUCAAACACCAGCCAGAACAUGCUCUUGUACCAGUGGGUGAAUAAUGAGUUUAGGAAUCCUCAUCAAUUGCCAGCCAAAGAAAUAAAACAUAUGGAGGCCUGGAUUUCUGGAUCUGAUGUCUAUUUAAUUAUGGCACAAGUUUUGUCAUUUUGCUCCUUUGUAGAAUCUGGAAAUUCUUCUGAAAUUUUCAUCUGGGAGACAGGGCAGUCAACAUUCAGACGUUUUCAGUCUCUUCCAGUCUGCACUGUAAGAAACAUCCACGUUUUCAUACCUCCUUCAGGUUUAGUUCAUAUCCUGCUGUCUGGUAAGGACACCACGGCAAUGUAUUUCUGGGACUCGGAGGGAAACCAGUUCUCUGCGAUGCUGGAAGCCCCAUGUGCGGAUCACAUCACUUCAGCGACUGCGAGGUCUCUGAACUCCAGCAAGAGCUUGAUUGCUCUGUCCGUAGAGUCCAGCUCCCAGAUCUAUGAGCUGACCACGAUCGCCAACCAGUCAGAUUUUAUACCUAGUUCAGGUGAAUUGAUAUUUGAGCCUGGGGACAUGGAAGCUGUGAUAGCAGUCAAUAUCCUGGAUGACAUUAUCCCAGAGGAGGAAGAACGCUUCAAAGUGUGGUUAAAAAACCCUAAGGGAGGUGCAGAGAUCGGUGCUCAUGGUUUUGUUAACAUAAUUAUUCCUUCCAAUGACAAUGCCUACGGAGUCAUUGCAUUUGCUCAGAGUUCUUUAUUUAAGCAAGUUGAAGAAAUGGAACAGGACAGCCUAAUCACCUUGAAUAUCGAGCGUUUGAUAGGAACAUAUGGACGAGUUACAGUAGAAUGGAUGGCUAAUGGGAGCAUAAGUGAUGUAUUUCCAGCUUCAGGAAUGAUUACAUUUGCAGAAGGCCAGGCCCUGUCCACGAUCACCCUGACAAUUCUUGCAGACAGAGUUGCAGAGCUUUCAGAGACCGUGGAAAUCACGCUUGCUCGUGUUACCACUGUGGGCAUCCAGGAUGCCUCCAAAGGAGCGGUCAUCGAUCCCAAAAGGGCACGGGCUGUGCUCACCAUUUUACCCAGUGACUCCCCACACGGUGUCAUUGGGUGGCAUAUGGAGUCUCUCUUUGUUAAAGUCACAGAGCCAGAAGUAAACUCAACUACUCUUACUUUACACAUUGUUCGAGAGCAAGGGUUUGUUGGAGAGAUCGCAGUUCAGCUCAGCACCGCACCUAACUUGGACCUCCCCCUCUCCAACCAAGCAACAGAGAAUGAGGAUUAUAUACUGGAAAAGAAGACAGUCAUUAUGGCAGAGAACGCUACAAUAACUGCUGUCCUAGUCACUAUUUUGCCUGACAAUGUUCCAGAGCUACAAGAAGGGUUUGUAAUCAAUAUUACUGAUGUGCAACUGGUCGACUCUCGCACCGGAGGUCAGCCAAGUGUAAAGAGGCUUGGGUUGGAAAUAGCCGAAAUAACAAUUGAAGAAAAUGAUGAUGCUAGAGGAAUAUUUUGUUUCAGUGUUACAAAGGAUGCAACUGGAGCCGUUGCUGGUUACGAGGUACCCCCACCACAGAAUGUGCUGAAACUGCCAGUUGUUCGUCAGGCUGGGAGGUUUGGGUCAGCGACUGUGUACUGGGAAGCCAUUCCUUCAACUGCUGGCUUUGAAGACUUCACACCAUCAUUUGGAAACCUCACAUUUGCAGAUGGGCAGGCUGCAGGAGAAAUAGAAAUUACAAUCAUAGAUGACAGCGAAGUUGAGUUGCUUGAGGUAUUCAAGGUUGUCCUGGUGAGGGUAACGGGAGGUGCAAGACUUGGGGAGGACACCCUGGUUACUGUUGCUAUUCCACCAAAUGAUUCCCCUGUUGGAGUGUUUGGGUUUGAAGAAAAGAAAGUAACAGUGAAGGAGCCUCAGACAACUGAUGACCCUGCUGCAGUUGCACUGCUCACUGUGAGUCGAAGUCAAGGAGGACGAGGAGCAGUGAAAGUCCUAUGGAUUCUUGAGGAAGCAGCCAGACAUGAUCUGACUCCUCUGAAUGGUACCCUUUACUUCAAUGAG